AUGUCUCCUCAGAAUUGGCCGCUGUGGAAGAGGAACACGAUUUUCUUUGUGGUCUGCCUUACAGCAUUUGCCGCCACCAAUACAAUCCUCGCAAAUGCUGCCGGACUUGUGAUUCAAGCUCAAGAGUACCAGAAGAGUGCUCAGGACCUUAGCUACACCUUAAGCGCCACACUGGCUGGAGCUGCCAUCGGCCCGUUCGUCUGGCAACCGUUUGCUCGAAGAUUUGGCAAGGCGUCGACAAUCUUCACAGCGAGCAAUCUUCUCUGGAUCUUCAAUAUUUGGGCAGCCGUAUGCAGAGGCAAGUAUUCAUACGGUUCCUUUAUUGGAGCUCGUACAAUGUCUGGCUUUGCGAGUAGUGCAGCUGCGUAUGUUGGUGGCCCAAUUAUUCUCGAAUUAUAUCCGCUUCAUAAUAGAGGAAAGGCAUUUGGCAUCUGGAGCUUUAGUCUGAUUUUUGGCACCAUCUUUGGCCCCGCCAUGUCAGGAUACAUUGUAUACUAUGUUCCAUGGCCCGUGCAAUUCUGGUACAACGUUGGUCUUAACGUGUUCAUUGUCAUCUUGAUGCUCAUUGUGUUUGAGGAGACCGGAGUCUCCGCGACGGGUUCAUACGUUUGCCUGAAGAACGAGUCAUGGUUUACGCGAAGGCACUAUUUGAUCCCUGGAUUGACAGCCAGCCGUUACAAGUAUGGAGCGAGGGACUUGGUUCGGACUUUAACGGUUCCGUGGUUGAUUCUUAUUUGUCCCCAUGCACUUAUUGCUAGCUUCGGACUUUUCGUAUAUUUUGGCUUUGCCGCCGGUAUUACCAAUGUCCUUGCGGUCUUUCUCCAGACGCCGGUCUCUCUCGGAGGAUAUGGUCUCAACGCCAUAGAAAACUCAAAUUUCCUCUUCUCCCAAUGGGUUGGAACACUCCUGGCCCUCGUCUACAGUGCACUCUUGGGCGACCGUCUCCCUCUCUGGCUGUACAAGCGCAACGGUGGCAUAUGGAAGCCUGAGUACCGGCUGAUCUCCCUCCUCUUGCCUUGCCUGGUCCUCUUCCCGAUCGGCUACGUCGUGAUGGGCGUCUCCCUCGCCCGCCACUACAACCGCGCCAUCCUGGGCCUUGCAGCCUGUUUCCUCGCCGGCGCAACCGUACUCGUUAUAGGCUCCCUCGUCGCGUACCUGAACGAGACAUUCCUCCGGUACCGAUCCGAGGCAAACGUCACGGCAAACCUCACCCGUCUAGCCCUAGGCAUUGCGAUUCCAUUCUUCGUGUUUCCGUGGGAGGAAGAGGUCGGGUUGGAAUGGAUGUUUGGAAUGAUUGGGAUUUUCCAGUGGGUCUGUUUCGUGCCCUUGUUGGUUCUGUACUUCAAGGGGGAGACGAUUCGAAAGUGGGCGCUGUCCUCUGUGGCAGAUGUUGCGGACGAGGAAGAGGGGGAGAUCAUGGUCAGUGGAGGGCAUUAG